ACUUCCGGUUUGAAAAAUCAACAUGCCGUCUUUAGAAUCUGAAAGCAAGGGGAUCAGUUGGGCUGAACAAGUUGAAGCCGGCGAUGAAGGUUUGCCGCCAAGCUCUGAAGAUUUUGAUGAGAAAAAUGGAAUUAAAACCAUCACAGAAUAUAAAUAUAAUGAAGACAAUAAACUAGUCAAGAUGGUGAAAACAUACAAAGUGGAAACAAGAAAAGUUUCUAAAUCAAUCGCUCGAAGAAAGAAUUGGAAGAAGUACGGUCUAGCAGAACGUGAUCCUCCAGGACCGAACUCGGCUAAUACUAUUAUCUCAGAAGAAAUUAACAUGCAGUUUAUCAACUCCAGAGAUCAACAACCAGAGAAAGAAGAAGAUCCACUCGCCAAGUUGAAAAGUCAAAAAAUUGUACAAUGUCGAAUCUGUAAGGGUGACCAUUGGACAACAAAAUGUCCUUACAAAGACACAUUGGCUCCCUUACAAGAACAUUUGACAGAGGAUGCCAGUAAAAAAGCUCCUGGGGAGGGUGGGGCAGGACCAGCCCCUGGUGCCCCUUCAGCUGCCCCUAAAAUUGGUGGUAAAUAUGUGCCCCCUAGUUUGAGAGAUGGAGCUAAUAAGGGACGAGGGGAGACUAUGGCACAAGGCAGAAAGGAUGAAGCUGCUACUAUCCGAGUGACCAAUUUAUCAGAAGAAACCAGAGAAACAGAUUUACAGGAAUUAUUCCGACCGUUUGGACCCAUUUCUCGUAUUUAUUUAGCUAAAGAUAAACUCACAGGACAAAGUAAAGGGUUUGCGUUUAUUAAUUUUCACCGUAGAGAAGAUGCAGCGAGGGCUAUAGCUGGGGUUUCUGGCUUUGGAUAUGAUCAUCUUAUUCUAAGUGUAGAAUGGGCCAAGCCAUCUGGAAAUCAAUAAGACUGGCUGUUCAAAACUUUUGGAGGAAAAAUAAAAUUAUAAAUAAUCAAAUAUUGUAAAUUAGGUGGAAAAAAAAAAGGCGUAAAAUCUUAGAUCAAGUAUUUAUUUAUGUGAGUUUUUCCAUGGCCCUUGCUUUUGAGAUUUGGGCUCGUCUCUGUUCUCUCCCUCCCUGCUGUCUUUUAAACUCACUUUUGAGUGCUGGGUCCACAUCAAUAUCUCAUUUAAAUAUGUAAACAAUACCAAAAGGUUUACAAAAAUACAAAUUUUAUUAAAUACUUGAAUUACAACCACAAAAUAAAUCAAAAUUAUGCAUCAAUACUUGGCAUUAAUCAAAAUAAAACAUAAGAAUAUAGCAGAACAAAAACUAAAAACUGUAUCUUUUUAUGUGGGACAUCUAGUUAUGUCAAAAUGAAUCAUAUUUUUACAUGAUCAAGGCAGGAUGUAAUUUGUUCCAUAGAAAGUUUAGGGGUGUCAACUGUCAAAUAGAUGACAGGUGUAAAACAUGGGAAUUACGAUUUCUGUGAAUAAAUCAAAUCUAACCAUUUUACUUUAAUUCUUAGAAUAAAUGCAGCACUCAUUAAGUGAUUGAGCAAUUACUUCGCAGAAUAUAGAGGGGAUUUAAAUUACCAAUCACAUGAUUUAAAUAGUUUUAGACGAUUCAAACAGUUCCUCAUUGGAAAAUUCCAAACCAUUUCCAAUCAAAGGUGACUUGAUCCAUGGGCUGAUCCAUGAAUAUCUCCAAUUUCUUCCGAAGGACAUCAUCAAGUUUUUCUCUAAGCCUAGAUCAUAGAGUUUUAUAUUCUGAGCACUUUCAAAAGUAGUUUGACCUCUU